AUGGUAUUUUGGAAAGUUUCUCAAGGAGACAGAGUGGGGCCAUUGCAAGGUGGCAGGUCACAUGGUCUGUUUCCAAGCUUUCUGAUCAUGGAGAAGCCUGCUCGUGCGGUGGGGGGGUUGAAGACAGCAAAAUCUGAGGCACGAUGUCCCAGAUGUGCGGCCCCCUUGGAUCAAGAUCUGGAAGCUUUGGGCUGGGCCAUCUCGCCUUUCCUGCGGGACUCCUUUGCCGUGAUUGGCACCGGGACUGGUGGAGCAGUAGCGGGGUUCUACUCCUUCCAACGAGUGAUGCCGCGGAUGGUGAAACUGCUGCCGGGGCGACCGUGGCUGCAAAGUCUUGCCGGGGCUCCUCCGAUCAUGCUCGUUGCUAUGGCGGGCGCAGGGCUGGCAGGUGGCGCCCUCCCCGCAUUUGCCCAGCUGCUCGUGACUACUUACCAUGCGUCGUCGACGUUUUCCUCUGGUGCGAUUUCAAAGGCGACCACUUACGUUGAAGAGUACCGGGAAAAGCCGGCGUCAAAAGAAGACAAAGUUGCAGACGGCGGUCGUCACGCGCACGCAACAAGGAACAUUGAAGGCCGUGCAUAGGAGCUGCUUUCUCUCCUCAAGAACUUUCGAAGCGCGAACGUUCUUUGGUCCUGCUCCGACACAACACUUAUAAGUCCACCUCACAACGAUGAACGCGAAUUGGGCAUGUUCAGACCCACAUUCACCGGAGCCUGCCUUGUGUACUAAUACGGCAUGUACACAAACGUACG